GCAAAGGACAGCUAUCGAUCGGUUCUGGAUACCACCCCCCCGCCCCAUCCCGAGGCUUCGAUCUCUUGUUUUCAGUCUCACGGAUUUUGGAGCAGUUGGCGAUGGCGUGACUUUAAAUACGAAGGCUUUUGAGAGGGCGGUUGCAGAAAUUCGAAAGCGGGGUGGCGGCCAGCUUAAUGUGGAGGCUGGAAGGUGGCUCACAGCUCCUUUUAACCUUACCAGCCAUAUGACCCUAUUUCUCUCGGAAAAUUCCGUUGUUCUUGGAACUGAUGUAAGUACCCCUUUUCUUGUAUUACCAAAGUGGACUAUGCUUGUACGUAGUUCAGAUGGCUAUCGUUGGUGAAGGGUGCAAUAUGGUUACGAGUAUUACCUUUUGGGGGUGGGAUUGCUAGUAGCUUCUCUUAACAUGGAAUUGGAGCGCGUUAGUGACUACUGGAUAGAUGAGUGAGUAGCAAGCGCCAUUUUUCCUGAUAACUGUUCGGAAUUGUAUUCGUCUACAAUACAUUCCGUUCCAUUCCUCUGUAUUCUAAUUUAAUAUCUGAUUAAUAAAAUGGCAUUGCAAACGUGCUGUUGGGAAUGUUAUAAAGCCACUGUGUCCGUGCUUGAAAUGGAUGGAUAAAGUCUUACCCGACAUCUGAUGUCCUUUAUAUAGAUAAAAGCUGACCUUGUCUUGAACCACAUCUAGUUGACUUGUAUGAUAAAAGUAGGUUUAUCUCAUAAUUCUUGUUGUAAAAUUUGGUGUUCUUGUUUCUCAUCCACUUCAUCAAACAUGGCAAAAAGAAGCAAAGAGAGAGUGAAUAUGUUUGUUAGUUAUCGAUUUGCUACAAAGCUAUAUUUGAUGUGCUAAACUAUAUAAAAGGACCUGGGUCAAGUUUGAAGUAUAAAAUGAGGCCAGACAGGCCUUGUUGACUUGCCAAAUCAAAGUAAUUUGAUGUUUUCCAUCUUACUGGGGUUGAUAUUAUUACUCAUAUUGGGUUCAUAUCCUUAUCAUUCAUUUUGGGGGAAUAUGUAUCAGUUUUCCUGAAGUGCAGCUUCCUUUUUAAUCAGAGAUGACUCAUCCUUGGAGAUUGGGAGUUCAUUAACAUGCAGCCACUUUUUUGACAGUUGCCAAAUGAAUCAUGGAUAUAGAACUCUUUUGGGAAGUCAUUUCAUCUUUACAUUAUUUUCCCUUGGUGUCUACCUCAGCUUGUGGUUAGUUUAUGACAAAUAAAGUUCUGGAUAAAACCUUAAAACCCUGAAAAUAAUCUAGUCCACGUUUUCGUAACUGAGAAUCGAGAAGAGUACAUGUCUCAGGAUAACCAAUCCCACCUCCUCUCCCAAAUGGGAUGCAGUGGUGGCCAAAGAUGAGCUAUCAUAUUCCAACUUGAAACUCUUGCCAACCCAGGAUAAGGGAUUUUUGCCUUAAUCAGUGUAGCCAUCAACUCAAUACGGAUGGAACUUGAUACUGUAAUUAGAAGGGUAAACUCUACUUUCCCCUUUUCAACUCUCUAAUUCUCGACCAUGCUCUCUUGUUCCUGUAUAACUAAGCUUUCUUAUUAUUGGUUGUCUUCAAUAGCCCUGUGUGAUUAACAUUGAUAAGAAUUGUGAUCAGACCUAGAUAAAAUGGCAGUUUUGACCUUGUCUUAGAAGUGGGAUGGCAUCUUUGGAGCUGGAGAAGACGGAAUUCCGGUUAUAUACUUGAUUGUCUUUUCAAUUAGCCAAGAUGCAUGAAACUCCGACAGGCCUUAUUAUGCUCCCACGAUGAAAAUCAUUGGCCACUGAUGCCUCCUUUGCCAUCAUAUGGAUAUGGAAGAGAAUGUCCUGGACCACGCUAUGGAAGUUUGAUUCACGGUCAACAUCUGAAAGAUGUUGUCAUAACAGGACAUAAUGGUACUAUCAAUGGGCAAGGUCAGACAUGGUGGAUUAAGUAUCGUAAGAAACUUCUGAACCACACACGAGGUCCACUAGUGCAGCUUAUGUGGUCAAGAGACAUUCAGAUAUCUGAUAUUACUUUGCGUGAUUCUCCAUUUUGGACGCUUCAUCCUUAUGACUGUCAAAAUAUUACUAUCAGAAAUAUAACCAUAUUGGCGCCGCAGUCUGAUGCUCCGAACACUGAUGGAAUAGAUCCUGAUUCAUGCGUGAAUAUGGUGAUAGAGAACAGUUACAUAAGCGUGGGCGAUGAUGGAAUUGCUAUCAAGAGUGGAUGGGAUCAGUAUGGAAUUGCUUAUGCCCGGCCUUCAACCAAUAUUCUCAUUCGUAAUGUCACUGUGCGUUCAAUGAUAAGUGCAGGAGUAUCGAUUGGCAGUGAAAUGUCUGGCGGAGUCUCGAAUGUAACGGUGGAGAAUCUCAUUGUUUGGAACUCCAAACGGGGUAUUAGAAUCAAGACAAGCGCUGGUAGGGGUGGAUAUGUUCGACAAAUUAGCUACCAAAACCUAACAUUAGAUAACGUGCGGGUGGGUAUUGUGAUGAAGACUGACUAUAACGAGCAUCCAGAUGAAGGCUAUAAUCCCAACGCCCUUCCAUUCAUUGGGGACAUAAGCUUUAACGGGAUUCGUGGACAGGGAGUUCGUAUUCCAGUCCGUAUCUAUGGCAGCCAAGAAAUUCCUGUACGGAAUGUCACAUUCCAAGACAUGCUAGUGGGAAUAACCUACAAGAAGAAGCGAAUUUUCCAGUGCUCUUUUGUCCAAGGACGCGUGAUUGGUAAGAUUUUCCCCAAGCCGUGUGAGAUUCUUGAUUUGUAUGAUGAAGAAGGACGUCUAAUUAAGCAAUCAACGUCUCAAAAUACUAGUACGGACACAAUAGACUAUGAUUCUUGAGAAGUGAAGUUGUUGGGACUUGAAUCUAAAUUUUCCUUGCUGUCAAUCUUGCCUCUGAGAAAGACCAACUGCUUCAACAACUUGGGGUUGGAUGUUACAAACUGCUGAACUUCAACAUCUCGGAGGUUUGAUGGAGCCAAUUAUUGAGCUUGACUCUUGUGAAGUGAUAAAGAAAGGGAAUUUACUAGUUGUUUAACUGCAAGAAGAUGCUCAUUCGUGAUGAAACAAUAACCCAUUCCUGUAUCUGUGACACGAGAUCUGGUACCAAGCGGAAAGAGAGGGACUGUGCAAUCAGGCAAGAACUGAUAUAGUGGUACUUAUGUUUUGUACAUUAAAAAUUUGCAAAUUACUCUCGUGAAAAAAACCUCAUGAUUAUUUAAAAUUUUCUAUUAUUAUCCAUGUUGCUUGGAUCAUUGUUAUAAAAAAGAGUAAUGUUAUUCAUUGCCAUUGAUGUAAGUACGAGUCUAAAUGACAAUUACAUGAUAUUAGAUGAUAUAUUCAUUAAAA